UUUCCUUUCCUUUCCUUUCCUUUCCUUUCCUCCUUCUCCGCGCUGGCCGCUUGCUGGCUGCUGAAGCGGCAGGGAUGGGGGGCGGCGCAGGGGGUCUUCAGCCCUUGCCUUCCCAGCCCGGGGCCCAAGCGCCCCCCUCCUCCCUGCGGCGCCCAGGAGAUGAUGCAGCCGGGCAAGGCGCCCCCGGAGGACGAGGAAUUGGGGGCCUUGGCGGGGGGCUUGGCCGGGGCGGGGGCCGAGAGGACGGCGCUGCCCAUCCCGAGGGAGCCAGGAGAGAACCUGCGGCGCCUCCGAGGCAGGAAGGUCCUCCUGGGAGAAGAGCGGCAGCUGGCCGGCUGGGCGCUGGGCACGGCGCUCCUGGGACUGGCCCUCGUGGUCCUGCACACCGAACUGGCCUGGUUUGGGCGCUGCCAGUGGUUUGCCUAUUCCUUCAUGGUGAAAUGCCUCAUCAGCCUCUCCACAGCUGGGCUAGUGAUCCUGAUCCUUGCUUUUCACAUCAAAGAGAUCCAGCUCUUCAUGCUAGAUAACUCUUUGACGGACUGGCGGAUUGCAGUCAGUGCUCCAAAGCUGGGCCUGAUUGCUCUGGAGCUUUUGGUGUGCCUCCUUCAUCCCUUCCCAGUCGGAAGCUUCCCUUGCUUGGACCCUAAACCUGAGCACACCUUCUUGUUCCUCUCUGACAUGGACAUGCUGCUCUCGCUGCUCAUGUUCCUCCGUCUCUACCUGGUGCCCCGGGCUGUGCUGCUGCGGAGCAGUGUGUUGGGAGACGCCUCUUACCGCAGCAUCGGAUCCCUCAAUAAAAUCCACUUCCAGUACCCUUUUGUGCUGCGGGUGAUGGUGAACAGCCAACCAGGCCGGGUGCUGCUCAUCUUUACCAUGGGACUGUGGCUUAUUGCCUUCUGGGUGCUGUCGGUCUGCGAACGGCAACAUAUGGAUGAAAAUGAGUACCUGGCAGGAACAUUCUGGCUGAUUCCCAUCACUUUUCUGACUAUUGGUUAUGGGGACGUGGUGCCAGUAACAACAUGUGGGAAAGUGGUGUGUCUCUUCACUGGAGUUAUGGGGGUAGGCUGUACAGCACUCUUGGUGGCCGUUGCAGCUGACAAACUGGAAUUCACCAGAGCUGAGAAACAUGUUCAUAACUUCAUGAUGGACAUUCAGUGUGCCAAAGAGAUGAAAUGCUCAGCUGCCAACGUGUUGCAAGAGGCUUGGUUGUUAUACAAACACACCAAGAGGAAGGACGGACGAAGAGCCCGCAAACAUCACCGGAGGCUGCUGGCAGCCAUCCAUAUGUUUCGACAUGUUAGAAUGAAGCAUCGGAAGAUCCGAGAUCGAGUCAACACUAUGGUGGAUAUUUCUAAGAUGCAAAUGAUCAUGUGUGACCUCAGCUCCAGCCUUAGCAAUUCCCACCGGGAGCUGGAGAAGCGGAUCGAGUCCCUGGACAAGAAACUGGAUGAGAUGACCAAGUUGCUCUCAGUCCUUGUGGAGUCCAAGCAUCAGCAGGAACAGCCAGUGCUCUGGAUUCCUCCCAAUGGUGCCAGCUAGGUGGCUAAAGAGGUGAUGCUGAUCUUGUUGAUUACACAAUGGUGGAGAAACUUCUAAAACCCACUACAGUCUCUAUAGGAUCAAGCAGUCUAUAGGGGAAGCUAUGGACUACAACCCCAUCUUGUGGCAAAGGACAAUCACGACAAGCAUUUUGCCAAGAUUGCCGUUAGCAUCACCCGCUAGUGAAGGAUGAUCAGGAUGGCUGAAUUUUACUUGCCACGGAAAGACUUCUUGCAGCCCUGAAAGAACUCCGUGAAGGCGCAUAUGAUGUUUCAGGAGGAUCUUGGAUGGAAAUCAAAGGCAUCACUUCCAUCCAUCUCACAGGAUUUUGAGCCAUUAAAAAGAGAAAGAGUUCUGGCAACAAAAUGUUACAGAUAGGAAAUAGUGAGACAUGCACUCAAAUAACGGAAGAAAGGCUCUGAGCCAUGGAACACAAAGGCCUUGCCCCUUUCUUCCCUUUUGGCAGAAGAAACGUCUUCCAUUUUGGGGCAAGACUCAAAUCUACAGGAAGCAGGUGGUUAGUGAUUUGUUACACAGGAUCUCGAAGAUGACGGUGAAGGUAGAUCCCACCCUCUGAAGUCUUGACUUAUAUGUAGCCAUUGACUCGGUCCCCUCCAGCAAGGUACAAGUGCCUCUACGCAAGGAAAUGUCUCUGUAUAUUGGGGCCAGUCUUAUUUUGGAGGAAAAUGUGCCCGUGACAUUUGAUGCUACUUUAAAUGACUACCAUGGCUGGCCAAGCUGGCUCAUGAAAAUGGGUAGACUUAUGGAUUACCAGCCAGCCUUCUGUAGCAUUUGCUUUUGAGGUUGGUACAAAGUGCCUUAAACAGCACUGUCACAAUCACAAUAGGUGAAGAAAUAGCAAUACAAAGAACGAGGGCAGAAAAGCGCAACUUAUUAAGAUCCUAGCAUGACUCCAGUUCAAAUGCUUUUAGACAAAAGAGUUGGGAAAUGCUUUUGAAACAAUUGCUAAGCACUUUACUUAGGUGAUCCCUCGUUGUCCGAGUAGGAUAAUCUUCCAAGAUCAGUGUACUGGUGGGUCUGUAAGUGACUGUGGAGCCCUAUUCUUGAUCUGCAUCUUCUCCCGCAGUGAGGGCAUUGGUUUCCAGGUGGAUGGUGGUCUCGGUCGGGGUUGGCUUGACAUGUCUUCCUCUUGGCACGUUUCUCUCUUUCGCCCUCCAUUCGUGCCUCUUCAAAUUUUACAGCACUGCUGGUCACAGCUGUCCUCCAGCUGGAGUGCUCAAGGGCCAGGGCUUCCCAGUUCUCAGUGUCUAUGCCAGGUAAGGUUGGCUUUGAGGCCAUCUUUAAAUCUCUUUUCCUGCCCACCAACAUUCCGUUUUCCGUUCUGGAGUUCGGAGUAGAGCAACUGCUUUGGGAGACAGUGGUCAGGCAUCCGGACAACGUGGCCAGUCCAGCGGAGUUGAUGGCAGAGGACCAUCACUUCAAUGCUGGUGGUCUUUGCUUCUUUCAGCACACUGCCAUUUGUCCACUUGUGACUUCCCAAGAAAUUUGCAGGAUUUUCCGGAGGCAGCGCUGAUGGAAUCGUUCCAGGAGUUGCAUGUGACGUCUGUAGACAGUCCACGUCUCGCAGGCGUAUAGCAGGGUUGGGAGGACAAUAGCUUUAUAAACAAGCACCUUGGUAUCCCUAAGGAUGUCCCGGUCCUCAAACACACUCUGGCUAAGCACUUUAUUGGGUAUUCAAUAUCGGAUGGGAUGGACCAAUUAACUCGACUCAACUUUAAGCCAUUUCACCUGAACACUUCUCAAACAGAUGGGUUAUAUACAGCUCAGGAACAUCUUUAGGCAACUCCGAUAAGUGCCAGAGGAGUAUUUUGCUGCUUAAGACAGACUCAAAAGCUGAAAAUGAGUUUCUCAAAUUUUGACCUGACUAUAGACCAGCCUUCUCAGACUAGGGCUUUCCAGAUACAUCAGACCUCAACUCCCCUAAAUUACCAGUGAAUUAGUUAGUGGAUUCUGAGUGUUCCAGUCUUUUUUAUCUGGAACAGUGGAAGGCUUCCAUAUCCGUGAGGCAGUGAAUCUAUUCUGUAUUUUUGUCUAAACUUUUAAAAAACUAUGCAAUGCAUUGAAUGCUUUAACCACAGUCAGCACCUCAGGUAGCACCUUUCAAAUCUGUACUGAAUGUAUUCACCACUCAAAUAGCACCGGCUUCAACUGCUGCUGAUUUAAGAUGGUGCUCAGUUGGAGAGGGCAACUAAAAGACCAAUGGGUUUAAAUUGUUAGCCAUCCAGGGAUCUCCAAAUCCACAAUUAUUGGUCAUACUGGCUGAGGUUCAGAGGUGUUGGAAGUCCAAACUUUGGGAAAUUGCUAGGGGUGGGGAGAGAAUAAAAGGACUCGAUCUUUGGCCUGGCAGAUCAUAUAAUCACAGAGUUGGAAGAGAUCUCAUGGGCCAUCCAGUCCAACCCCAUUCUGCCAAGAAGCAGGAAAAUUGCAUUUCCCGAGAGAUGGCCAUCCAGACUCUGUUUAAAAGCCUCCAAAGAAGGAGCCUCCACCACACUCCAGGGCAGAGAGUUCCACUGGUGAACAGCUCUCAGAGUUAUGAAGUUCUUCCUCAUGUUCAGGUGGAAUCUCCUUUCCUGUAGUUCGAAGCCAUUGUUCUGCAUACUAGUCUCUAGAGCUAUAGAAAACAAGCUUGCUCCCUCCUACCUAUGACUCCCUAUGUUUAGAUUAUAACUCCCAUUGUUCUUACAAUUGGCUAUUCUGGUAGUUGACAAACCUUAUAGGCUAAAAUGCCAGGAAAAGACUGCCCAUUGGAGAUUAUAUUGUUGGAACAGAAUAGGGAUUGAGUGACAGCUGUUAGUAUAUUUUAAAAGAACUGCCUGUCAUUCUGUUAUAAUCAUUUGUGGUCCUGGAUGGCAAAUUCUCUUGGCUACCUUACAUGGUGCCAUCUUGAACAGCAGCAAAGAUUCAAUGUGCCCUUUGCCAUCAGCAGGGAAAUCCUCACGCACCCUGAAUUCACAGCCACACAACAGCUGUGAUUUGGCACAGGAUAGUCUCCAUGCAGCCACGCCAGCCACAUGACCUUGGAGGCGUCUACGGACAACGGCGGUUCUGCGGCUUAGAAAUUGAGAUGAGCACCAACCCCUGGAGUCGGACAUGACUAGACUUAAUGUCAGGGAAAACCUUUGAUAUAUUUACUUCACAGAGUAGCUCCCAGAUAAAGAACCCUCAUUUUGAGUCCUUUAGGAUAGCAAUCCAGGCCCGUAAAAUAUAUAUUUCUAUGCAAUCUUUGCUCAGCUGGCAAUCUACCACAGAAGCCUAAGAAAAGCCAGACACCCUGGGCCAGGUUUAAUGACACAUUCCACCCAUGAGAUGAGUAAAGCGCCGCUCACCAAAUCUAUCACAAACUCCAUGAAAGAACUGAUUAAAAAGUGACAUGUCGGGAGUUGCAAAGACUCAAAGGACAGCAGUGGAUGAAGCGAAUGAAAGCAGCAACACAGCAAAGUUGGGGAAAGCUGGCUUUUCAACCUACACAUCUUGGUAAUGGAUUAAACGAGACAAGAGUUGCAGUUCAAUAAUGUCUGAAGAGCCUCUAGUUUUCCAUCCCAGUUGUAGAUGGAAAGAGAGAAGAGACCUCAUCUACGUGCACAAUAUUCUUCUCAACAGGAGAGGCUUUUUAUGCCCAUUUAGAGCUUGCCUGGUAGCUGCUGCUUGAAACCCAAAUAUUACCAUAAUAAACUUUUGACUUUCUAAUGAGGAGAAUGAGCUUUUUAAACAGGUUCACAAUCCCUCCUCCAGUGUUUUUUUUCAAGGUCUACUCCAUCACAUCUCAGAGUAUUUCCACAGCAAAGAGACUGAUGAUUUUAUAAAGCAGAGCAGAGGUUCUGGGAUGCUUUCAGAUGCGUGACUGCACAAGAAUCACUUUACAGAAAGUACACAAUUCUAGGGUUGCCAACUAUUUUUUCUUGGUAGGAUCCCUCUAUCUUCAGUACCUGCAUCAAAAGCAUACUGUUAUGGGCAUGGAAAAAUAGUAAUCGGAAAUAUUUUCCCUUCCCAAAGCAGCCUCGAGAUGAGGCAUGGGCAAACUUUGGCCCUCCAGUGUUUUGGACUUCAACUCCCACAAUUGUGGAACUGUGGAAGUUGAAGUCCAAAACACCUGGAGGGCCAACGUUUGCCCAUGCCUGCUCUAGAGCUUUUCAGGGCUAAGAAAAAAAUCUGGCAACCCUAACUUUUCCUAUGCAAAAACAUGUACAAAGGUACAGAAACUCGAGUUGUCACCCCAUUAGUCUGUUAAAUGUAGGUGGCCUUAAUCUAAUUGAGCAAUCGAAUCAGCAUUAAUUUGCACAGAAGAAAAGGACAAUGGAAUGAAUCCAGGCGAUGUUAGCUGAAGUCAUAUUGCGACUGAAGCUGGCCCAUCAAGUUCCAUUGGGACUGAUAUACAUUGAACUUAGCCUGGAGCCAGCCUAAUAGUUUUAAAGAGAGAUACAUAUAUAACUUCUAUUUUAGAAGAUGGACAUAUAUUGCAACAGGGGUACUGAGAGCAGUGGUGGGGAAUCUGUGGUUUCAGGGUCACAUGUUGCCUAUUCCCACAGGUGGGGAAGGCCUAAGGAAAAGGAGACUGGGGCACGGAAACCCCAUAAACACACAAACCAGUGGGGAAGAGUCAAAACAGAUAUGGUUAGAAGAAAAGGAGGGGAUAGGCAAGAAAAACUCAGUAAAAGACACAAGAAGCAUUCACAUUGAUUAAAAAGACCAAAAAAUCCUAGGUUUUGUUCCUGUUCUUUCCAAAUUCGUUUUACAGCUCCAAUCAUAUUUUGUUUAUCCCAGAGUAUUGCCUAUCAGCUCCUCAUACCAUCAGACUUUUGAUACCAAUAUUGGGUAUAUUGGGUGUAUUUGCCCCCAGUGGCACAAUGGAUAAACCCUUGGACUGAAGACUGACAGAUCAGCAGUUUGAAUCCGGGGAAAGCGGAUGUCAGUUCCAGCUCCCCUUGUGGGAACACGAGGGAAGCCUCCCACAGGAUGGUAAAAUAUCUGGGCAUCCCCUGGGCAGCAUCCUUACAGACAGCCAAUUCUCUCACACCAGAAGCAACUUGCAGUUUCUCAAGUUGCUCCUGACACAGAAAAAAAACACCCAAUGUAAAAUUGGAACGAACAGGAACACACUUUAGGAAUUUUCAAUCCUUCUGCCUAUGCAUCAGUGGUGGCAAUGGAAUCGCCUUCCCUUAUUGGCAGCCUGAGAAGCAGAGAGAAAAGGAAUAACUGGCAAAAGGGGUGCUCAAUGAAUUGUCCCUGGAGACAUGUGACCCUCAGACAAACAUCCACCACCCUUCCCUCAAAGACAUUCCCUGUUUUUCCCUCACUUGAGGGAUUUUUUUCUCCUCAGAUGUUUUGUCACCUUGUUUUUUUAAGUGCCUAUAUUAAAAAUAAUAAACAUUUACACUAUUUCAAAAACUA